UUGUUUCAGAGCAAGGUCGAGUACCUGGUGAAGUGGAAAGGCUUCGACGACCGGCACAACUCGUGGGAACCCGAAGAGAAUAUCCUCGACUCGCGCCUACUCGAAGUAUUCCACGACGAGCCUCCGCCGCCAUCGUCGCCUCUUCCGGUGCCGGUGCCGCUGCCGCUGCCUGUGCUGGCUGUGCCUCAGCCUCAACACGCGACCGCCCGUACGUCCUCCGCCAAGCGGUGA